CGCGGGAGCCGCCGCCGCCGCCGCGCCCGCCAUGGACGUCCGCCUGUACCCCUCGGCACCCGCGGUGGGCGCGCGGCCCGGGGCCGAGCCGGCCGGCCUGGCGCACCUGGACUACUACCACUGCGGCAAGUUUGAUGGUGACAGUGCCUACGUGGGGAUGAGUGACGGAAACCCAGAGCUCCUGUCAACCAGCCAGACCUAUAACAGCCAGAGUGAGAGCAACGAAGACUAUGAGAUCCCUCCGAUAACACCUCCCAACCUCCCUGAGCCAUCUCUCCUGCACCUGGGGGACCACGAAGCCAGCUACCACUCGCUGUGCCACGGGCUUACACCCAACGGUCUUCUCCCUGCCUACUCCUACCAGGCCAUGGACCUCCCGGCUAUCAUGGUGUCCAAUAUGCUGGCCCAGGACGGCCAUCUGCUCUCAGGCCAGCUGCCCACGAUCCAGGAGAUGGUGCACUCGGAGGUCGCUGCCUAUGACUCAAGCCGGCCGGGACCUCUGCUGGGUCGCCCCGCGAUGCUGGCCAGCCACAUGAGCGCCCUCAGCCAGUCCCAGCUCAUCUCCCAGAUGGGCAUCCGGAGCAGCAUCACCCACAGCUCCCCGUCACCCCCAGGGAGCAAGUCGGCGACCCCCUCUCCCUCCAGCUCCACGCAGGAGGAGGAGUCCGAAGCACAUUUCAAGAUCUCAGGAGAGAAGAGACCCUCUGCAGACCCAGGAAAAAAGGCCAAGAACCCAAAGAAAAAGAAGAAGAAGGACCCCAAUGAGCCACAGAAGCCCGUGUCGGCCUACGCACUCUUCUUCAGAGACACUCAGGCUGCCAUCAAGGGGCAGAACCCCAGUGCCACCUUUGGAGAUGUGUCCAAAAUCGUGGCCUCCAUGUGGGACAGUUUGGGAGAGGAGCAGAAGCAGGCCUACAAGAGGAAGACUGAAGCAGCCAAGAAGGAGUAUCUGAAAGCUCUGGCAGCCUACAGGGCUAGCCUUGUCUCCAAGAGCCCCCCGGACCAAGGCGAGACCAAGAGCACUCAGGCAAACCCCCCCGCCAAGCUGCUGCCCCCCAAGCAGCCCAUGUACCCCAUGCCGGGCCUGGCCUCCUUCCUCACGCCCUCUGACCUGCAGGCCUUUCGGAGCGGGGCCUCUCCCGCCAGCCUCGCCAGGACACUGGGCUCUAAGUCCCUGCUGCCCGGGCUCAGCGCGUCCUCGCCGCCACCGCCUUCCUUCCCGCUCAGUCCCCCCCUGCACCAGCAGCUGCCCCUGCCACCCCACGCACAGGGUGCCCUCCUCAGCCCACCUGUCAGCAUGUCCCCGGCCCCCCAGCCUCCCGUCCUGCCCACACCCAUGGCACUCCAGGUGCAGCUGGCCAUGAGCCCCUCGCCUCCAGGGCCACAGGACUUCCCGCACAUCUCUGAGUUCCCCAGCGGCUCGGGACCCCGCUCACCUGGGCCAUCCAACUCCACGAGCAGCGGGGACUGGGACAGCAGCUACCCCAGCGGGGAGUGUGGCGUCGGCACCUGCAGCCUGCUCCCCAGGGACAAAUCGCUCUACCUCACCUAAUCCCGCCUCCCUCCCCUCCCCGAGGCUGGCUGGAAGGGCAUGUCAGAGCCAGGAGGGCUGCCCACAGCAGAGAGGCCGUGGCAGGAGGCAGGGUGACCGGCCAGCAUAGCAGUGACACACCUCUGCCCUGGGCUGAGUCUCUUCCUCGACCUCCCGCCAGACUCUGCAGAGGCAGCCCGCUGCCCGGCGCCCGCCGGAAGAACCUGCAGGAACCUUCUGCCCGCUGACCUGCUUGCUCCAGGGUAACCGCGGACCCUGCUCCUCGCCCUGCACACAGUCCCCUCUGUCUGGACGUCUGGCCCCAGCCCAAGCUCACUGGGCCACCCUGCCGGGGUCACUGACCAACAGAAACUCGCCCCAAGAUGCGCGGCCAGGGGCCGGCCCAGCCACAGACGCGCAGGUUUUCCAGUGUGAACUAAAGAUUCCGAGCCCCACAAACUGUGGGCUCCGUGUAAGUAGUCAACUAAGUGUUUUAGAACUGUGCUGAAGACAUCUGUAAGAUUAUUUUGUGGGGGAAGAAAAGUAGUUUCCUUUAAGGUACAAAGCGUUUUAUAUGACCCUUAGCGCAUCGUUUUUAAGUUUUCUCUUGAGGGAGACGUGCACACAGCAGCUGGCACAGGGUCUCUCCAUGCGCACCCGAGAACCGGACAACGUCUAGCCCCACCGGGAAGCAUUUCCCCUUUAUUUUUUUGUAAACCAUAUGUCCACCUAUUUAAAAUUGCCAGCAACAAUUUUAUUUCUUUUUGUCUAGCUAUUUAUGAAGAAAACUUGAGAACAAAGUUGCAGUUUAUCCUAACGUGUGCGUGGUUUGGGGUUUGGUUUUGGUUUUGGUUCUUGGCGUCGUUUGCAGCUGUAUCCUGGCCCGGCAAAUGUCUGUCUUGGUGCCCAGUCCUUCUCUCAAACUCUCUUUAUAAUAAAACUUCUGAAAAGUUGCAGAAAA